AUGGUUGAGAAUGACGAAGAUAAGAUCCUGUGGGACUUCCAGAUCCAGACUGACAAACAAGUGAUGGCUAACCAACUGGACAUGGUGUUGAUCGACCAACAAAAGAAGAAGGCAGUGGUGAUAGAUGUAGCAAUCCCAAACGACACAGCAGUAACUACAGAUGGAUCAGUCAUGCAUGCUCUGGCUCCUGAACAUUGUGACAUUGACAUUUUACACAAAGGACAGACCAUCAGUGAUUUCAUAGAAGAUAAAAUAAAAGAGCUUGGUUCAGUGGAAAGUGAAGAACCAUUUUGUGUGGCAAAUCUAGACAGUGUGUUUAAGAAGCACCUCAGAUGGCUUACUGAAUUACCUCGAGUCAAGCCUUUCUAUGCAGUGAAGUGCAACAACACAGCAGCAGUUCUGAAGAUGAUGAGUGCUCUGGACACUGGUUUCGACUGUGCUAGCAAGGGUGAGAUCCAGCUGGCCCUGUCCCUCGGAGUGACACCUGACAAAAUCAUUUACGCACACACAACCAAACCACUGUCGCACAUCAAAUAUGCCUGUGCUCAUGGAGUAGAUAUGAUGACUUUUGAUAGUGAGGAUGAACUCCUAAAAAUUUCUCUGUGUCACGCCAAAGCCAAACUUGUGCUCCGCAUUGCAGUGGAUGACUCUAAAUCACUGAUAAGACUUAGCUCAAAGUUUGGAGCCAGACUUGUGUCGGUUGGUAAGCUGCUGGAACGUGCUAGAGAGCUGGGCUUAGAGGUCAUUGGGGUCAGCUUUCAUGUAGGCAGCGGGUGCACUGGAAGUUUAGCGUUCAAGCAGGCCAUAGCAGAUGCCCGACGUGUCUUUGACAUAGCGAAUUUGUUGGGCUUCCAGAUGACUCUGUUGGAUAUUGGUGGAGGGUUCCCUGGGAGAGAUGACCUUCAAGUAAAAUUUGAAGAGUUUCCCGAAGUCAUUAAUGGAGCAUUGGAUGAAUUCUUCCCACCUGACAGUGGGGUGCAGAUUAUUGCAGAACCAGGCCGAUACUAUGUGGAAUCAGCCUUCACACUGGCAGCCAAUGUCAUUGCCAAAAGAGUAAUCUUAGAUGAUACGGAUCAACAUAGCGACGCUGAGGAAAACAGGCCUGACCGAAUGAUGAUGUACUACAUUAAUGAUGGGGUGUAUGGCUCCCUGAAUUGCCUUAUCAAUGAUGCUGCUCACACCAAGGUGGAACCAUACCUUCAAAGGGCUGUUGAGAGGAGCGAGCAAAGACACCGGUCUGUUAUCUGGGGUCCAACCUGCGACAGCACUGACAAAGUAACUGACAGCUGCUGGAUUCCUGAGCUGCAUGUGGGCGACUGGCUUCUCAUCGACAACAUGGGCGCUUACUCUGUUACUUUAUCCAGUGACUUCAAUGGCUUUGAAAAAGCACACAUUUACCCUGUAAUGACAGCUGAGACAUGGCACGCCUUAUGCCAGAUAUAG